UUUGGGUUUCUACCUGAAAUCAUAGUAGCUUUUUCCACCGCAUGUCAUUCGCAUUUAGUCUUUAUACCAAUCAUUAUGUUAAAUUAUCCAAAAAAUAAUCAAAAUCGUUUUUAACUAUUGAGAAAAAGAACACAGUAUAAAUUUGAGAUCAGUUAAAAUUCCCGUUCGACCAAAAGACCCGAUCCAACAUUUUCGGCCCAGCGCAAUGUCCCAUGAUAUGACACAAUUCCUAGGCGGAGUCCGCCACACUCCACAAGAUCGGGCCAGGGCGACCAGGACCAAGGUGGGAGCUGGGCUCAUCGCCGCAGCAUCGCAACCCGCAAGAUCCGCCCAAAGGCCAGCCAUUGGUGGUGGUGCAGAGCAGACACCUAGGUGGAAUCAAAGGCCACCAGCUGGAGCCAGUGCAGCGGCGGGAGUGGCACCCAAGAGGCCCGCCAAUCGAGUGCGAGCCCCGCCAGGGGCGACAGCCGAGCCAGGCGGAGCUGUUCCCAAGAGAGCAACUGGCGGUGGUGCGACCAGGGUGAUCCAAACCACCGCCACCUGCACGUUGCGUCGAAGGCAAGGGCCCCCGCCUCCUCCCAGGCUGACCAUUCCGCGGCGCCCCAACGAGGUCAAGUGGAUCAUGAAGCCCUCGCAGUGCUUUGUGCCGUGCAGUGAAUCCUCCUCCGAGGACAACAUCACCCAACGCUCCGACAUCCCACACGAGGGAGACGACGAGGCGGCCACCAAAGUGGACAAGACCAAGAGCAGUCGACGGUUGCCGGCUGAACACGUUGGCACGCUGGUGAGGACCAAGGUGCGAUGCUCUCGCAUGUUCCGUGUGCCCAGCCAGCGAAUCAUGCGGGUCGAGGAGCUGAAGCAGGCCCAGCUGCAGCAGAUGCAUCCGCGGCGGACGAGGACCCACAACCAGACUCAGUACGGCAGUCGUUCACGUAGUAGGUCUCCCAACUGGUCAGCCAGUAGGUCACCAAGUCCAUUGCCCCAUCAAUCGCCCUCUAGGUAUCCAGGUGGCUUCUCCAGUCGCUCAGUAAACCAGCCCACUGCCAGUCGCCUGCCAUCGGAAGGUGAGGAGCAGGAGGAGCAGGGGGAGCAGGAGGAGCAGAGGGAGCAGGAGGAGCAGAGGGAGCAGGAGGAGCAGAAGGGGCAGGAAGAGCAGCAAGGGCGGGAGGAGCAACAAGAGCAACCGAAGGAUGUGCCCCUUGCAGCCACCAGAACCGUAACUCUGAUACCCAAGCCGCCUUCUGGUCUGGUUUCCUGCUCGCCCAGUCCGAUCGCCAGUCCCUAUCCCAGCCAGAGUCGCCUCCAGAGUCCAAGCUUGAGUAGUACCAGUUGGAAUGCCAGCUGCUGCACGAUGGAUACCUGUGUAAAAAGUUAUACUUCCAGCUCCACUCCUCACUCGAUCCCCAGCAGCAGCAGCAGCAGCAGUCUCAGCACCAGUGGCAGCGAGUGCCGAGGUGGCAGCAGGACGCCCACCGCCAGGCGGUGGAAUCGUCCAGUACGCAUGGCCACAGGGGCAUGGGGCGCCAAGGCCAUCAAGCUGACCUCCACGGUGAUUGAGAUCAUAAAACCAACAGCAACGACCACGACAGAGGGCAAGAGACACCCUGAGGUUAACAGGAAGAGAGCGGUGCCCGCUCCACUCCAGGCCAAGAUCCACUCGGUGCUUAAGACCAAAGGACAGGCGGAAACGAGGCAGGCCAUGAACGCACCCAUGGUGCAGUCGAUAGCGCCACCGAAGUUCACGCCAAAGCUGCAAGUGCCCCAUCCAAUCAGUCAGUCGGUCAAUCAUGUGGUCAAUCAACUGACAGCCCAGCUUAAGGCGGCGGCCAUGAUUCAGUCCCAGGAUGAGCAGAAGCAGCCCAAGGAGCGUGCUCCAACGGAUCAAGAUGUCUACCAACCGUGGCUAUCAAAGGCUCCCGCCAGAAAGCCCUCCAUUUAUCUGCUCAUGAACCAGCCGGCAAAGCAGCCAGAGACCUCAUCAAACGAGCCCUCCCAGGAUGCCUGGGUUAUUCAGCCAAUGGAGCUAGCCAAGGAGGCGAGGAACCAGCACACCAAUCACUACUUGGAGGAGUCCAAGGACCAUCCUAGGCUACAUGCAAGUCGCUAUACGAAUCCACCAAAGCUAGGAGCUGUCAACCAGGGCCAGACUAGGCAGCUCUUGAUGGGUCAGGGUGGCAAUGCUCCAAAGUACACGACUCCGCCGAGGAACUGGGAAAGUUCUUUACGGGAUCAGGCGGGCAUCUCAAGGAAUCCGUACAUUGGGGAACCCAACAAGCUGUCCAGGCAGCGAGCUCCUCCGCGGGCCAGGAGCACGCCUGUUUCGCUGAACAGGACCACCCGGCCUUCCGCACCCACUGGCAGCCCCUAUGUGGUUGCUCCUCCUCCUCCACAUCCGCAGCAGCAGCCGCAGCAACAGCAGCCGGAAGCCCCCGCCGGCAGCAAGAUUGUGCGAAAGACGCAGCACAAGGUGCCGCGCACCAUGGAGGAUGGCAUCGACAUGAGCUACCAGUACUUCGUAUCCAUUCCGCUCAAGCGUGGCAAGAAACCCCAGGUGGUGCGCUACCUCUACCGCCCGAUGGUGCGCCAACUGAACGCACCCACUUCGCCCAAUCGCCGCAACUCCAGGCGGUCCAAAAGGAGAGCAGCGGCAGGUGGAGAGGAGCCACCCACAGCGGAGGGUGCUGCCCAGCAGUUUGAUCCCGCACUGAAGGCUCUGGGUGGAAUGCCGCUGCCGCUGGAGGAUCCACCAAGGGCGGAGGAGAAGUCACCCGCCUCGGAGCGUAAAUCGAGAAUACUACUCGAUCCGGAGGAAGUGCUGAAUGCUCCGUAUGAGGUACCGCCGCUCAAGCUGGAUGCCCGCUUCAAGACCAUGAUGGAGCAGCUGGCCCAGAUGCCGUAUCCCGAGGAGCGGCCCAGUCGCCGUCGUCGGCGCACCAAUCGCCUGGCCCGCGCCGCCGGUGGCGCUGACCAGGUGCCACCAUCGGAGCACCACGUGGGCACUGGCGGCGGCGAUGCCGUGCGCCAUGAAAUGCGCUCCCUGGAGCAGGUGUCCUCCAUCUGGAAGUGUGGCUCCCGGCUGCCCAAGCUGAUCAACUACCGACCGGAGGCCAAGCGUCUGAGCACGGCCACCGGAGCCCCUAUCUCCUAUCACACGCCCCUGCAGAUAAGUGAAGUGGGCUUUGUGCUCCCCGUGGAACCCAUGAUUCAGACCAUAACCUAUGACGACAUCGAGCAGAGAGAGAGGGGCCAGCUGGCGGAGCAGCAGUUGCCACUGGAGGCGGAGGCGGAGGCGGAGGCUCUUCCCCUAGAGAAACGCCAAGAGGGAGCCAAGUCCGUGAGCUUCCAUCCCGGCGACGCGAGGGUGAGUGAAAUCCCCGCCAGGAGCAGCAGCUCCAUCAGCAUCCGCUCCACUUCCAGCGGCAGAGCCCAGGCCAAGGGACGCCGCACCUCGCGAAAGAGCAAGGCCAAGGCCAAGGGAAAGGCCAAAGUCCGCAGGUGAAGGGGAUUCUUGGCGACAACAAGCGAUAUUUCGGGCAUUUUUUUAAACCCAUCAAAAAUUUCCAGUGAAUUUGUAGCAAGGAAGAGCCCCAAGACCCCUUUGUAAAACAUUUUGUAAACAAACACAAAAAUAAUAGAAGCAAAUUCCUUUUUUAAGACAUCGAAAA